AUGAUCAAGGAUGGUGUCAUCGCCCAUAAGGUCAAUUAUGGUCCCCCGGUUCGAAGUCUCAUUUUGGGGUCGAUUUCCGAUGACUCGAACUCCGAUCUCAGUGAAGUGAAAGAAGCCCAUUAUCCAAAAGCCACCCAGACAAAUUUGGAGAGACAAAAUCAGAAAGGAUGCCGGUCAGGCAUCGGCUCAAAGGGCUCUUGGGGCUCGAUCGGUCUCCUACACGCCAAGAAAAAUGACACAGAAUGGAACGAGUCUACUAACGCGCGUCUUCGAGCACUUAUCAAGCAUCGGCUUGAGGAGUUGCAAAAAUCACGAUUGAAAUUCAAUGUGGCGGGGAAGGAAGUUGUUGUGAAGGACCAAGUUCAUCGGGCUCUCAAAUCAAUCCUUUCAGUAAACAAUCUGAUCACGACCGCAGUCAGCUCAGAGCCGCACGCAGCUUUGGCGUGGGCUGGUAUUUUGGUGAUUCUGAAUCCGAUUGCUCAAUCUGCCACACAGGAUGACGACGCUAUGCAGGGGUUUGAGCGCAUUGCAGGUCUCUUGGCUCGCUAUCGAGUUAUGGAAGAGUCUCAGGUGCAGGUUUAUUCAUCCACAACAACAGUCAAUCAACAAGGUUCGAUCGAGAAGCUCAGCCUGUCUAUAAGGAGCCAGACUGUUCGGCUUUACACCGCAAUUCUGAAGUUUCAAAUGCGACUCGCAAAACACUACUUGAAGUCUGGGGUUCUUCGAUUCUUGGAGGAUGCUAUAGCUGUAGAUAACUGGAAUGGAAUGAUGCAAACUAUCGCGGGUCUCGACAAGUGCAUCACUGACGAUCUCAGAGCUCUCAGUGACCAGACACUCCAGAAUAUUGAAAACACGAUAAAUGAUCUCCAGAAUGACGUCGGCGGACUGCUUGAUGUGACCAGCGAGGCAAGGGACGAAGCAAAGGUGACUUUCAUAUUUGAUAUUUGUUUGAUCUAUGACACCAUAAAACUAAUACUUCUCAAGGCAGCAAAGCAGGCAGAGCAGUUGAACAGUUUGUCGUAUGCGCAGAAUGCAGCAUUCAAUACUUAUGCGUCUCAACAAAAGUCAGGAUGUCAUCCUGGAACUCAAGUAAAUAUUCUCAGAAGAAUCAAAGCUUGGUGCGAGUCUCCUGAGGGUGAAGGUAUUUACUGGCUACAUGGAAUGGCUGGCACUGGCAAAUCAACGAUCUCAUAUACCCUUGCCGCUGCUUAUUGCAACGGAGAGGCUCUUGUGGAUGAUACACAAUUGUCUCAUACUGUGUUCAUUGGAGCAAGUUUCUUUUUCAAGCAGGAUGAGCCAGACCAGAACAAUGGCAAGAAGCUUUUUACUAUUAUCUGCAGGCAGCUUGCAGAUAUGCUCCCCGAAGUCAGAGGUGACAUCUGCAACUCGAUUUCCAGUCAUUCCAACAUAUCAAACGAGGUUAUGAGCAACCAAUGGGAACAUUUGAUCCUUCAGCCGCUUUUGGCUCUAGACAAACAAGGAUUGGUGCCUCUGAAUUUCAUUGUGGUGAUCGACGCACUUGACGAAUGUCUACCCGAGGACGCGUCUACGUUGAUCCGACUCAUCACAGAAGCUGAGAAGCUCAACAACAUUCGCCUGCGAUUUUUUGUCACUAGCAGGCCAGAGUCGCAUAUUAACCAAUGGUUCGAGAGUUGCCAGAAGACCUCUGUCUCUAAAAACGAACUUCCCAAAGUUACGGUGCAGAGUCGAUCUCAUUCGCCAAAUUUCAAAAACGAUAUAACGAGGUUCUUGGAGAUCGAACUGGCUAAGAUUGGCACUAGCCAUGCUGUCCUAGGGAGCUGGCCUGAGGAGGCCACAGUCCAGAAACUAGCCUUAAAAUCGGAUGGGCUUUUCAUUUACGUGGCAACAGCUUGUCGCUUUCUGAAAAAUUCGGGCCGAAACCAGAGAAGUCUACAACUCCGGAUGGAUGUAAUCUUCGAUGACAGAUUGGUGGCAAAGUCGCCUCGAGGGCAUCUGAAUAUCAUGUACAGCAAAAUCCUGAUAAAUUCGAUUGGAGAAAAUUCGAUUGAAGAGGAAAGAAUUUAUUUGUACCGAAAGUUCAAGCAAGUGGUUGGAUCCAUAAUCAUGCUCUUCGAGCCUCUGUCACCGACUGAUCUUAGUAAUCUUUUAGUUUGCUCAAAAGAAGACAUUGAUGACACGCUCGACGGGCUUUCCUCGGUUCUGUCAAAGGGAGAAGACGACAAACAGCCUAUCUACCUGCUCCACCUUUCGUUUCGUGACUUCUUGCUUGACCAAACAUGCGAUGAAGAGUUUCGAAUCAACUCACAGAUAUCCCACGAUGCUCUGUUGAACGAUUGCUUGAAGGUUAUGGUCGGAAGUUUAAGACGAAAUAUCUGCGGCCUUGAGGAUGAAUCAGUCCUCGCGGAGUCUGUUCAACCUUCCGUGGUGAAUCUGCACAUUUCCGGGCACCUUCAAUAUGCAUGCCGCUAUUGGGUUGACCAUCUUCGGAAAUCAGACAUUGUGACUCUGGGUGACGAUGGUGAAGUUCAUAGGUUUCUUAAAGAACACUUUUUGCAUUGGCUUGAGGUCAUGAGCCUGAUGCGAAAAUUGCCCCAAGGAGUUCAUGCAAUUCUGUACCUCCAUGAAUACAUAUCUGUCGUACUACCGGUGAGCUCCAACCCCAUUGGAAAUUUUAUCUACCCAGCUAAUAUUGAAUAA